GGUUUUUAUUUUGCUGUUUUUAUUUCGUUUACGGUGGUCUUGUUUGUCACCGGUUGUUUCACCAGUCGGUAAAGGAGGAGUGAGCGGCUCCGCUUCUCCUCUCAAACCUCCUCCUCCUCCUCUUUCACCGUCCAGCUCCUCACGGAAUGACAACAAACAUUUAGCUAACUCUCAGCUAAACAAACGCUAACUGAAAGUGCUCCGGCGGCAGCUAGGUAGCUUAGCUCCAGUUGACACAUCCUUGAGUGUGUGCCAGCCUCAGAGAGAAUUUGAACCCUUUCAUGGUGCUUUCACUUCGAUGGGGAACUGUUUGUUUGCACAGGGCGCGGAUGACCUGUCGCUGCUAAACGAGUCUGAGGGGGGCAGUCUGCCCGGAGAGCCUCCGCCGCCUUACCAGGAGGACUCCCAACCACUGCCGGUUUACCAUCCCACCCCAGGUGAGAGUCGUCUAGCCAGUCAGCUGACCGAGGAGGAGCAGGUCCGCAUUGCCCAGCGGAUCGGUCUCAUCCAGCACCUGCCGAGAGGCGUCUUUGAUUUUGGCUCUGAUCCCUCUGACAAGAAAGUUAAAGAGUGUGUGAUCUGCAUGAUGGAUUUCGAGUAUGGCGAUCCCAUUCGGUUCUUGCCCUGCCUUCACAUCUACCACGUGGACUGCAUUGACCCCUGGCUGAUGCGGUCGUUCACCUGCCCCUCCUGCAUGGAGCCGGUAGAUGCAGCCCUGCUGUCCACUUAUGAAACCAACUGAGCAGCCCCAGGUGGCUGCUCCUGCCUAAAAGUAAAUGCACCUUUUAUUUAGGCUUAAGUCCUAGCUGUACAGACAGGAAGCCAAGGUGAUGCAGCAUUAUGCAGAUGUUUGCAGGAUGUGUUAAGAUGCUGUCAGCUGCUAAAAAAAACUGUGCCCUACAGUCCACUGCUGAGGUCUAAAUCUUUGCCUUUUAAAAGUAGCACAUUGUGCCAAAUCAAGCUAGAUGAAGAAUACGGAAACUCUACAAGUAGCAAAAUAUUACUUUCACUUUUUUUGUAUGACUGACAUUUUAAUUUGUAACGCAAUGUCAUUAACUUCACUUUUCACAACGUAUGGUGCCUUCAAACGAGACCCAUGGGAAGUUUUUCAACAAAACAAAACGUGGUUGAUGUUAAAUGUUGUGAGAAUACCAUUCCUAGCCAACAGCGAAGCCAGCUCGCAUGCAAAUAACCUUAACAUUAUGCAGUGAAUAUAGAUGGAAGGAAAAUAGUCAUUUGGGUACAUUUCCGAGAUCUAUAUGACUAAAAGUACAAUAUUAUGACACAGGAGCAUUGAUAUUAACACAGGCUCAUUUGAAGGCACCAAUAAUGUGCAAUAUGUUAAAUCAAAGACAAAAAUACAGAACACGUUUGUUUUGGUUUGGUCAACAGCAUUUAGUGAAUUGCAAGUGAAAACAUGAAGUGAAGUUACCGUGUUUUAAACAUGAACAAAUGGCCUUGAAUGUCACAAAAGUGCAGGCCUCUCUCUACUGAAAUGCAAUCUUCAAAACACAAAAAAAGUUAUUUUCUUCACACAAUCAUUUAUAAGAACACUUAUUUGAUCUAAACGCAUCUCAAGAUUGAUUCUAUUUUGUUUGACAAGGCUUUUAUGUUUGUACUGUAGUUUGUUUCCCUUUGAUGCUGCUUUUUUUAAAUGUGAAACCUUGUUUUUUUUCUUUUGUUUUAAAAAAAAGAAACUGUGUGUGUCCUUUUCAUAGUUUACUGUCAGUGAUAUUUGCAAAGACUAUAUGCUGUGUAGUCCCUCUUAAAGCACCUUGGGAUAAUCUGGCAAUCUGUAGCAUAGGUUUUCUAGAUGCAUGCGUGUGAGUCUGUGCGUGUGUGAGUGUGUGUUGAAUUUAGACUGUCGUAGUGACCUCUUUUUCUAGUUUGUAUCUGUUGAAUUUAGUUUUUUUGUUGAUGGCCUUCUUACAGCAAGCUCCUGGGUCUGGUCACACAAAAUUAUUUUAUCUUUUGGUAUCAGGUGUUCAUUCUCUGAUACUGACUGCUUCAAGUAAAGCACAAACUAGUAAAAUGGCGAGAGAGAAGCUACACCUGAUGAUAGGAAUGUAUCUUGAAUGUAAAGCACUAUUUCAUCUUAUACACUUCUGGACGGUAUAAGCGACAAUAAGAUAAUAUUUCUGAUUUUCUCAGGCUGCUGUGCCUUUUAAAGGCAGAGUUAAGCCAAUUCCAGUGAAGUACAAUCAUUUCCGACAUGACUUUUGUUUUUUUUAGUUGUCCUCCGUGGGGGAGACAAAUACCAGCAAUGUAUGAAUUUGUCAAACGAGCCUCUGGCUGCUGUUAACAAUCAUUUUGUGUUUUAAUUUGUAAUGUGUGUCACCUGUGCACAGGUUAAACAAAAAAAAAAAAAAAAAUCCAAAUUGUUUUCUUUUUCUUAAUUAUAUAUUAAAGCUGAACAGGUCACUGUGGAGAA